CCUCCAUCUCUCUCUCUCUCUCUCUCUCUCUCUCUCUCUCUCUCUGUUCGGAGCAAAGAACAAAACAUAAACGAGAUGUUGCUGGGGAAGAGACAGAGACCGCCGAUGAAGAGAACGACGAGUAUGUCGGAGAUUACAAUAGAUCUGAAUCUGAAUCUCUCCGGAGAAUCAGAGCCGUCGGAUCAGCAGAAACCAUCGCCGUCCGUCGAUCUACGCCGGAUACCGUACGGUCAGAACGGUCAGCUAACAACAGCCAUCGAUCAGCCUCGUGGUCAUCAUGGGCUUUUAGAUCAACGACUCUUGGCUGCGGUCUCACCGAGAGGUCUCCAGAGGAGGCACUCAGCUGAUUACAACUCCAACGCCGCUCACUUCCUCAGAUCCUGCUAUCUCUGCAAGCGUCAACUUGUUCCCGGCCAUGACAUAUAUAUGUAUAGGGGAGAUAGGGCCUUUUGUAGCUCGGAGUGCAGGGAGAAGCAGAUGAAACAGGAUGAGAAGAAAGAGAAAAGUGCGUUUGCGGCCAAGAAAGAGUCGGCGGCGGUUGUGACCACAGCUGCAAACGCAAACGCUGGCUCCGGCAAUGGAGAGAGAGCGGCCGCAGCCGUGUAGUGUCCAUUACAUAUACAUACAUAUGUGUGAGGCUAUGUUUGUAUAUUUUUUCCAUCCAUGGUAUACAUAUAAAAGCAUUAUUAUGCGUUGACCGUGAUUUAAUCACCCUCUUUAUUGUGGAGCUAAUCCAAUGUAUGGAAUUAUAUGCUUUUUUAA